UUCAUCGUUGUACAUUUCCUAAAUGUUUGUAAAUAAACACUCAUAGAUCUAAAAUCAAUCCAUUAUAUUAAAUUAAUAUCUUCUUUAGGUUUAUUUAUUCAUUAAAUCGAAGAAUACAUGAUAUUUUUCUAAUCAUGACAUUAAGCAAUUGUAUACAGUGUGGCGGCGAGCCAAAGUAUAAGUGUCCAACUUGUCGUGAACCAUAUUGUUCGGUACAGUGCUGUAAGUUGCACAAAUCAAAACCAUGUUUACCUCCGUCAGAACUACAAGAAAUACCUCCAUGUAAAAACAAACCCGACUAUGAAUUUCCUACAGAAGAUACAGUACCAAUAGAGAAGUUAAAAUUAUUAGAAGAAUCAAAGGAAUUAAAGAAUUGCCUAGGAAAUCCCCAUGUUAGAGAGAUUUUGCAGGAAUUGGAUAGCUCUGAAUUCCCUGACAUUUUGAUGAAAAAAUAUAUGCAAGAACCUAUUUUUACAGAAUUUGUUGAUGCUUGUCUAAAUGUUAUUCAGGAGAAAUAGUUUAGAAAUAAAUAUAAAAAAAAUAUGUAUGUAUACACAUUU